AUGAUGAACACCCAUGCUUAUGAUGGCUUUGGUGACCAUCUCCCAUCGGUGCCACCCGCCAACGCACCACUCAAGGCGUAUUCCCUGAGCAGGAUAUUAGGACAAUAUCCUCGCGGACAAGUUCUGGACGGUCAGGGCGAAGAUAUAAACAUCGGCGUCCCAUACACCACAUGCCAGGGACCCAACGAACCAAGCCCGUUCCCCAUCUGGACAGCAACAACGAACGAAGCAACCCACGAGCUGGGCUUCCAAGGCCAAUCCGAGGGAUCCAAGCAGGUACCUGCCGCCGCCGCGCAACCCUUCUGUCCACCACACAGCCAUCACAAUGAUCCAUACCAGCCUCCAAUGAUGCACAUCAACAUGAACGAGCACAUGCACAAGACUCACCAAGCCCCUUCGCCCAUGAGCAUCGCGUCGAACAUGGCCGCCGCAACAGUGCUCCCCUCGGAUGAAGCCCACCGUCGCGACGGCCGCCUCAGUUGCAGUACAACGACCGUCAGCAUCGACAACGCCAGCUCCAGCAACCCGGCCAGCGACGUCCACGCCAUUUGCCUCCUCGCCACGGAAUCCUACCUCAGCGAACGCCGCGCCAACUGGCGGCUCCGCGGCGGCGGCAGCGGCGGCGGCAGCGGCGGCGUCAGCAGACACCGUCCGCAGCGCCCCUCGUCGUCGCCCCGCGGCAGCCGCUGGGUGCCCUACGUCCCGCCCAGGCAGGACAGCGACGGCGAGCACGGCCACGGCCACGGCCACGGCCACGGCCACGGCCACGGCCACGGCCGCCGCCGCAGCUCGACGGGCGAGAGGCCCACGGGCUCGCUGCUGGGCAACAUCAGUCGGAUCUCGACGGCGUUGUGGAAGCAGGCGAUGCGGGACAGGCUCUACGUGCUGCGUUCGGAGAGGAUGGCGCUGGAGAACAUGGGCCAGCUGUUGGAAUGGGCGGAGACGAUCGCCGAGGGAGACAAGGGCGAGGAGAUGGAGCCCAUGCGGGUUUUGACGGCGGGGAGGAACUUGUGCGCUUGGCUCGGCGACGACAUGGGCGUGGAGAUGAUGGAGGCGUUGGAGUGA